GUAAAAAAAAAAAAAAUUUGGCGCGGAUGUUGAAAAUGAUGCUAUAUUAUUGAAAUUUAUUUAUGAAAAAUUUAUACUAGCAUCACUUUUUACAUUUUAUUUAUAAAACUAACAACCAAUUUUUUAAUUACAAAAAUAAUGAAAUUUAUCACCAAAUUUUAAAAUGAUAUUAUACUGAAAUCAAUAUUUUCCCUCAUUCUCCCUUGUUUGCACAACCAAAAGGCUCUCUCUCUCAACCCAUUCACAGCCAAGUUGUAGCAUGAGGAAUCGUAGCACUUGACAACCUCGAUGCCAAAGUCUCCCCUCUCACUACCAUCUGUUGAUGCACGUGUCCAUACAUGCAAAAAUAGUGUUACACCACUUCCAUCUUUUAAGCUCUGUUUCUGAUGCGCUUUAGCCACCCCAAUGUCAGAAAGUGGUACUAUUAGAACGAGCUUCUCAAGAGGAACAAAACUUGAUCACCUAAUCUGAUUAACUCGUUGUCUUUCUUAGCAAUGUGUAUUCCAACGACACUGAAGGUUGUUUGGAAUUAAGGGAAGUACAAACAUGACCUUCUUUUUGAGGGAAUCAUUUUGGCGUAUAGCAAGCUUAGGUCCACAACCAUCCUUGAAGAAGAUGAUUCGAAGAAUCAAACUUGUUAUGUUUCAAAAGUAUUGUUUUGGUUACUUUUAAAUUUUGGUUAACAAAAAAUGAUCAAAAUUUAAAAAGUAACCAAAAUAAUGAGUUACGAAAAAGUAACUAAAGCAAUAAACUUUUUUAUGUUAUUUUCAAUUUGAAAGUUACGAAAAAGUACCCAAAAUAAGAUACAUUGUAAAUAGUAACUAAUAUAGUUACUAAACGAUAAUAAAAAUGAUUAGUUAUUUUUUUAAUUCUAAGAGUUACCAAAAAGUAACCGAAGUAAUAUAAUUCAUAUUUUAAAAACUAAAAUGCAAUACAUUACUGAAAUUAAUAAAAAUAAUAAUUUUUUAAAAAUGUAAGUGUUAUACCAUGUUUCCGAGAAAAAAGAAUUAUGCCCAGAGAGUGAGCUCAGAGAUAGCACAAUAAGCUCAUAAUUAAAUGUUAUUACUAUUAAUAACAAUUUUGUAAUUACAAAGUAAUAUAUUAUUUCAGUUCAAAGCAAUGUAAUUAGCUUGAAGGAAUAACUUAUAUAUGCCAGCUCGAAGAAUAUCGACACUUGCUCGAUAUCGUGUUUAAAAGCGUAAGGAAGCAGUAUUCAGAUAAACUAUCCCUAUUUUUAAGGGAUUAAUUAAGAUAUUAUGUUGUUGACUAGGUAGUUUGUAAUUCAAAUUCAAAAAAAGAUAUUUGUGUAACUUCUCCAUAAAAUCGUGGAGGAGAGUAUCUCUAACCGAGUCUAUCAAUACCUAGACCCUAGUAUUGUAAUGAAACUCUGUAAAAUUGCUUUGAGCUUUAACACAAAAAUAUUAAUAAAAGUGACUCGUGGAUUAAGUCGAUUUAACUAUUGAACCACGUAAAAUCCCUUGUGUUUUUCUUUAUUCUUUAAGAAUAGUUUAUUUCUACUUAAUUUCUCUUUAUUUUAUUUGAUGACAACUUCUGUCAAUAGAUUCGUGCUUUCAUUAAGAGCAUUAAUAAAUCGAAUAGACCUCUCACAAAAGUGUCUUUUUUCAUUAUUGCAAUGGCUGCACCCACUGGAAAUGUCCCUGAUCUGGAGGUGGACGACCACUCCCAAGGAUAUUUGAGGAGACCUCACCGCAGGAUGAAGAAUACCCCAAACGGGCUGACAAGUAGCCCUUGAAUGAUGAUCGGACUCUAGAUGAAGGGAGUGCCUCCACAACCCCACGUGACCCAGGGUAGAGCUCGAGAUAACCUCGACAGGAUUAUUAUGACCCUACAAGGUAUAUCCCUACAGUUGAACUCAAAAACCAGCGGCUACGAGAAAGGCUGACUGAGGCCACCCGACUGAAUAAAGAGAUGGUGAGAAGGGUUGUUGAAGCUCAAGUAGCCCCCAGAAGAGCCAGGAGGCGACCUCGAGGGAGUACUGCUGCUUGAAUGGUGGACGCAUUCAGUCAGAUCCUAACGUUUAUUAAGGGGGAACUGAGGGGCUCCAAGGAAGAUUCAGACUCAGAGUCAUUGGAUAUUCCUCUGGACUGUGUUGAUGAUCCAACCACACCUCCUACCAUCAUUGUGACACUUGAUGCUGCGACUCCGAGAGUCGUUAUUGUCAACCCUGAGGAUGUUGUUGGGGUUCGGUUUCAGAGGACUAGAAGCCAAAGACGCAAGCCAGAUUGGUUUGAGGACUACACUGAUCCCACGAGGAAAAAACCUCGCACUGAUGCAGCUGCACCAGAAGAGGAGGCUACACAGGUGUUGGAUCCUCUCAAGAAGACAGAUCGCAAACAGUAUAGGACAGUGUCCAAGUGGUUGCUUGGAGACAUCCCCAACAAGACCCCGAGGGAUGUAAAAACUGGGAAUCACGGUCCAGCAUGGUUUCUAGCGUGGAAGACACCCCAGUCGUGGUUCAAUGAUGGGCAUAUUAAUGCGGCAGAACACAUGCUUUGUAUGCGUCGCAGGUAUUUUCCCAAUACAUAUCGACAUAAUGGAGUUGUGGUGAACAUUUAUUUCCCACAAGUGAUACCUGCUUGAUAUGAUCAGUACAAGAAAAUUUCUGACAAAAAAAAGUACACGUGGGAUUCUGACGUUAUGCCCAUGUUGACCAGCAUCGAGCAGCAGUUUCUGGCAUCUUGGGGAGGAGUUGAGGAUGUAUAUUGGUGCCAGAACUAUGAACAACAAUAUUGGUUUUCCAUUGAGGCUUCUAUUUCUAGUUGGACUCUCACUGUUUAUGAUUCAGACGACUCGGUGAUUAGUGACACAAAGCUGGAGGAAAUUAUGAAUCCAUAGUGAUUUUUGCUUCCUUCUCUGUUGAUGCAGAGUAAACUGUUCACUGAUAGCUUGAUGUUGAAGAUUCCUGCAGCAGGAAAGAGGCCGCAUCAGUUCACAUGGUGUCAAAAACAGAAACACGAGCUUACUCAGUCAAAGAGAAGUGGGGAUUGUGGUGUGUAUGUUUUCAAGCAUAUUGAGAAUCUCAUGGCCGACCUUCCAUUGGAAACCACCUGCGAUGAAAAUAUAGAGGUGUUCUGGAACAAGUGGACCACAUACUUGUGGUAUCAAAAUUUGUGGUAUAUAUAGGGUCUUUACAUGUGCAGUUUUUUGUUCACAUUUUUUUGUAACUUUAAUAUGGUUGUUAUAGAGCUAUAUUGAACAUUAUUGAACUAAUAUCGAACUGUUAUCGAACUAAUAUCGAGCUUCAAUCGAGCAAUAUC